CAGCAGCUGUUUUUUGUUGGUUUUAGCUGAUCUUUGCUGGUGUAGCUGGUUAGGCCACCACCUAGACAUGCUGACGUGACCAUCUGAGGAAGCUGGUCAUGCUGGGCACCAGCCUGCCAAGAUUGAAGAACACAGCUAGACAUGGGCAGCAGCGUGGCGAAGUCCCACUCCACAGAAACGCUGGUGUUUGCUGAUAAAGAUCAUGACUUCAGGAUCCCAGCGCUGCUUUACGUUAAGGAGUGGAGCACAUUCCUGGCGUUUGCAGAGAAGCGCGCCUCCAGCAAAGAUGAGCACGCGGAGAAUCUAGUGAUGAGGAAAGGCUCACGGCAGCCUGACGGCUCAGUGCAGUGGUCUCCCACCGAGGACUUGAUGAAGGCGUCCAUAGUCGGGUUCCGCACCAUGAACCCGUGCCCGGUGUUGGAGCGGAACUCUGGAACCCUGUUCCUGUUCUUCAUCUGCCUGAAGGGGAACACGCUGGAGUGCAUGCUGCGUCCGGGCCAGACGCGCCUCUGCUACGUCACCAGCGGCGACCGCGGCCUCACCUGGAGCGACCUCACCGACCUGACGGCCAGCGUGAUGGACAGCGCCUUCAGCCAAUACCAGACCUUCGCCGUGGGCCCGGGCCACGCCCUCCAGCUGGCCAGCGGCGCUCUGCUGGUGCCCGCCUACGUGAAGCUGGUGGAGGGGCGCGGGUGCUGCCGCGGGGGCGGCGGGUGUGUGAGCACACACUCCGUGGUGCUGCGGAGCCAGGACGGGGGGUGCACCUGGCACGCCGGCCAGCCGCUCGCCAUGGAGACGGGCGAGUGCCAGCUGGCGCAGGUGCGCGACGGCGCGGGCGGGACGCAGGUGUACAUGAACGCCCGCAGCACAGGCGAGUGGCGGGUGGAGGCGCUGAGCAGCGAUGGCGGCGAGAGCUUCAGGCCGCUCAGCCUCACCACGCUGCCGGAGGUGGGCAAGGGGUGCCAGGGCAGCGUGCUGAGCUUCCCCGCCACGGAGCUGCCCGCAGGGGGCGGGGCCUUCUCAGAGAGGGGAGCAGGGGGCGGGGCCUUCUCACAGAGGGGAGCAGGGGGCGGGGCCUCCUCAGAGAGGGGAGCAGGGGGCGGGGUCUCCUCAGAGAGGGGAGCAGGGGGCGGGACGAGGGGAGCAGGGGGCGGGGCCUCCUCAGAGAGGGGAUCAGGGGGCGGGGCCUCCUCAGAGAGGGGAUCAGGGGGCGGGGUCUCCUCAGAGAGGGGAGCAGGGGGCGGGGCCUCCUCAGAGAGGGGAGCAGGGGGGCAGGGCUGGGACCGGCUGGAGCUGGGGCUCUACCUGACCAGGUGUGUGCAGGACCCCGUCCCCUGGGGGGAGCCCCACAUCGCCCACUCGGGGCGCAGCGGCUACUCGGACCUCGCCCGCUGUGAGGAGGAGGGGCGCUUCGCCUGCCUGAUGGAGUGCGGAGAGGGCGAGCGACUUCGGAUGGUCUUCAGGGAGUUUGAUCUCACAGAGAUAUCGCACACAGUUUAA